AGCACCUUCAGUCAGGCAGCGAACGGCGAGCGUAGCGGUUGUGCGCGGUAUGUGUGAACGGAGACGACGGCUGCUGCUGAGCCUGCUUUCUUAUUACAAUGGUGUAGUUUAUCGCGCAAAACGCGUGUGACGACAUGGGCACCACAACGGUGUGUGUCUUGCUGUUCGCGACGAUAUUCGGAGUGCUCUCUGCGUCGCUCAGCAAGGCGCUGCGCUAUCAAGCGCCGGACGAGUGCAAGUGGGUCGUCGUCGACGGCGGCGCGGACGACGACGAUGUCGCGCUCGUGUGCCGCCUGCGCACCAUCAACAGCGAACUGGAGAAUACGAAUUUCAGUGUGAUACAGCCGCAGCACACGGUGCGGCUGAGACUAGAGUGCAGUGACGAUCUGUUCUUUCAGAGCAGCUUAAGUGCGGGUAGUUUUAAGCCUCUGGUGGAGUUACGCGAGUUGUCCAUCGAGUACUGCAAAAUCGGCAACUUGUCCGAUGGCGCGUUCAAAGGAUUAAAAGAACUCCGAAAUCUUACGGUACGGACCCACAAUACGGACUGGUCGGCGAUGACUUUGGAAGUUGCGCCAAAUGCGUUUUCCGAAGAGCUGCGACUACUCGAGCGACUGGAUCUCGCCGAAAACAACAUGUGGAGUUUACCAGAGGGUGCGGUGUGUCCGCUCUUCUCGCUCGAAGUACUCAAUCUAACUCGCAACCGGCUGCGUGAAGUAUCGAGUUUCAAAUUUGCUCAAAGCUCGACCGAGCGGUGCGGUGCUAGUCUGCGAUUGCUGGACCUGUCGCGCAAUAAUAUCGACCGUCUGCCAGCAGGUCAGUUGUCGGGCCUGAGCCGGCUGCAGAAGCUGUACCUGCAAGGCAACGGCUUGACGCAUCUGGCAGACCGUGCUCUGGAGGGCCUCGUCUCGUUGAACAUCAUCAAGCUGGCGGAUAACAGACUGGUCAGCCUACCUCCUGAGCUUUUCGCCGAGACGCGCGAAAUCAAAGAGAUGUACCUGCAGAACAAUUCCAUCAAUGUCCUCGCACCAGGACUCUUCAGUGAGCUAACACAAUUGUUAGUGCUGGACCUCAGUCAUAAUGAGCUCACCGCUGAUUGGAUUAAUUCAGCUACUUUCGCGGGCCUUGUUAGACUAGUCGUCCUGGACGUAUCAUACAAUCGCAUCGCAAAGCUGGAACCAAACGUGUUUCGUGAUCUGUACAGCCUGCAAAUCUUAAGACUGAACGAUAACUUUAUCGAAAUAGUGCCGGAGAACACUUUCGCCGAGUUGUACAAUCUUCACACGCUUAUAAUCUCAAACAAUAAAUUAACGAGGAUCGACGGCGAUACGUUCCGCGGCGUGAACGUGCUGACGCUGCUAUCGCUAGACAAUAAUAGAAUCUCGUCCAUUCACCCGGAGGCACUGAAGAACUGCUCCAGUUUGCAGGACCUGCAUUUGAACGGCAACAAACUCAUGCAAGUGCCGGAAGUUAUCUCCAAUGUACCCAUGCUUAAGUCAUUGGACCUCGGCGAGAAUCUUAUCGAUUCCAUCCGAAACGAGACCUUCUCCGACAUGAAGCAUCUCUUUGGUCUACGCCUAACCGAGAACAGCAUCGGGAACAUCACAAAAGGCGUUUUCGACAAGAUGGUCUCGUUGAAGAUCUUGAACCUGUCGGGAAAUAAGGUGCAGCACGUCGCACCGGGUACCUUCGACAACAAUCUAAAUCUGCAAGCCAUACGCCUGGACGGCAACUAUUUGACCGACAUUAAAGAUCUCUUCGCAAAGCUGCCCAGUUUGGUCUGGUUAAACAUCUCGGACAACCACCUAAAGUGGUUCGACUACGCCGUUAUACCGGCAGGCCUGCAAUGGCUCGAUAUCCAUUCAAAUCAGAUCGCAGAACUAGGCAACUACUUUGAAAUCGAGUCCACUCUCUCCCUGAGCACGUUUGACGCUAGCUCCAACAAGCUGACAGAAAUCACAGGCACCGCGAUACCAAACAGUGUCGAGGUGCUCUUUUUAAACGACAAUCAAAUAUCAAAGGUGCAGUCGUACACGUUCUUCAAGAAGCCCAACCUGACGCGAGUAGAUCUCUUCGGCAACAAGAUCACAAGCUUGGAUUCCAACUCGUUGCGGAUAUCGGCGGUGCCGCCCGAGAAAGAACUGCCCGAGUUCUUCAUCGGCGGCAAUCCGUUUCAGUGUGACUGUACAAUGGAAUGGCUGCAGAAAGUGAACGGCGGGAAUCGGGCACGCACGCAACCCAAGCUCGUCGACCUGGAGAGUAUUUACUGUCAAUUAAUGUACAAUCGGGGCCGGACAUACGUGCCGCUCGUCGAGGCAGCACCUUAUCAGUUCCUCUGCACGUAUCAAACGCAUUGCUUCGCACUCUGCCACUGUUGCGAUUUUGAUGCGUGCGACUGCGAAAUGACCUGCCCCAACAACUGCACGUGCUAUCAUGAUCAAUCGUGGUCUGCAAAUGUGGUGGACUGCUCAAAUGCAGGAUAUGAGGAGAAACUUCCGGAACAGAUCCCUAUGGAUGCCACUCAAUUGUAUCUAGAUGGUAACGAUUUGCGAUUUUUGAAGAGCCACGCAUUCAUCGGGCGUAAAAAGCUCAAAGUGCUCUUCCUCAACAACUCCAACAUCGAAUUAAUUCACAAUCGAACAUUCAAUGGCCUCAAGGAUCUGGAGGUUCUCCAUCUGGACCAGAAUCGCAUCGGCGAAAUUUACGGUUACGAAUUCGAAGGGCUGGUUGGACUACGAGAGAUCAUGCUGCAGCAUAACCGAAUCUCCCACAUCAACAACAUGACGUUCGCCGAUCUGCGGCAAUUGCGCGUGUUAAAGUUGGACCAUAACCGCAUCAGUGAUUACAGUGUUUGGUAUUUGCCAACGACCUUAAUCGAAGUGAGUCUCGCGUCGAACCCGUGGUCUUGCGAUUGCGAGUUCAGCGAAAAGUUGCGCGAGUGGAUGAUCCGCGCCGGCGACGUAGUUAAAGACUUGAAUUAUGUGCGUUGCGUGUACAACACGACUGACCUGGACUUUUACAACGAGAACAUGUACGAGGAUAACCCUGAGCUCGGGUUCUUUGUGCGCCAGGAGAACGGCACAGUGUGCGCCGGUGCCGCCAACAUCGACAACAGUAUCAACGGCAACCUCACAGCCACCAAAACGAUCAUCAAGCGGCAGGCCAUACAGGACUACCUGCCGCUGCUCGUGGUCACACUGGCCGUGUUCGCUGUGAUCGUCGCGGUCACCUUACUGCUGUUCAUCUUCAGACAAGAAGUGCGCGUGUGGUGUCAUUCAAAAUUUGGUGUGCGACUGUUUCAUAAAUCAGCCGACUUCGAUCGGGAUGAUCGCGAUAAACUGUUUGACGCGUUCGUCAGCUACAGCUCAAAGGACGAGGCGUGGGUGGCAGAAGUGCUCGCGCCGGCUUUAGAGCCCAACUACAAACUGUGCCUCAAUUACCGUGACUUCCCCGUGGGUGCUUUCCUGCCGGACACUAUUGUCCAAGCGGUAGAAUCCUCCAAACGCACGAUAAUGAUCCUGUCGGAGAAUUUCAUCAAAUCGGAGUGGUGCCGCUUCGAGUUCAAGUCGGCACAUCAUCAGAUUCUGCGCGACCGGCGCAGACGCCUCAUCGUCAUACUUUUGGGUGAAGUGCCACAAAAGGACCUCGAUCCGGAUAUUCGCCUCUAUCUGAAGACGAACGUCUACCUUCAGUGGGGCGACAAGCUCUUCUGGGAGAAGCUCAAGUUCGCCCUGCCGGACGUGCCGAUGAACCAGAGGCGCCGCGGCUCGCAGCGGGGGCCGCACGUCCACCACCACGUGCAUCGCCACGGGGCGCGUGGCCAGAAUGGCGGCAACGGGCAGCGCACCGUCGCCAUUCACAUAUAGUGCGUGCGUCGUGUCAAAAAAAGGGACAAGAACAGAAAUAUCCUAUAUACAAAAAUAUUGUCAGCUAAUUGUGAUACGUAAUUUAAUUAAUUAUUGUAGAAAUUUUAAUCUUUUAUUUACAUACUUCGACGACCUACUUUUCUAUCAUGAGACUGUUUGCGCGUGCAAUUGCAGUGAUUUGUGGAGUGAAUUUGUGAUACGAAUGAAUGGAUAAUAGUGCGAUUCAACUCAACACAGAGUCUAAAUUUGUUCAAGAUUGAAUGCGAUAAAAAUUGCCCAAGGUGUACAUAAAUUGCAGAAACAAAGUGUAUAAAUUAGUGAAUAGGCAAAGAAAAAAUUGUCAACGCUUUUUGUAUUAUAGUAUUUUACGAGUGGCGCAAGUCGACGACGAAUGUGUAAAUACAAUUUUUAAAACAACUGUAACUUGUGUGUAAUAGAUACAUGUCUGAUAUUUAUUUUGUUAUUAGUUUUUCGUUUGUAAAUCGACGAAGACGCGAAGAUUUUUGUAUAAAACAAGAAGGACGCAUUCUUAUUAUCUCCCAGAAAUAAGCGCGCAAUGUGCAACACAAAACAAGUGCCUAUUUAGUAAACUUAUUUAUCACUGUGUGAAUUUAUUGCGAUGCCGAUUGUGAGUAAAUAAUAAUAAAAGAAUAUGCGAAUAUCUUAA